AUGGACGAGCUGGAGGUGGCCAUUCUGUGCCUGUAUGGAAAUGAGUGUGCGAGGAUCAGCAAAGGAGAUGCACAGAAGUACUGUGAGAACUUUCAGAACAGCGCCGAUAGCUGGAAGUACUGCAUUGCCAAAUUUCUCGACUCCAAAAGAUUAGAGGUGAAGUUUUUUUGCAUCCAUGUUAUAAUUGAGAAGCUGAAGACACUCAAGGGGGAAGACCUCCUUUAUGUGAAGGAUUCUUUAUACAAUUAUUUGGAAAGUAAAUACACAACAGCCAAUGACGACCCGUGUGUAGUGAACAAAAUCAUCCAGCUGUACAUCUCGUUGAUAGAAUUUCUUUACCCAAACAACAUGAAUGAUGGGUUCAAGUUCAUAAUAAAUUUGAUCAUGGUUAACAAUGACAUGAAUGUAAAAAGUUUGUAUAUCAAUUUUUUCCUCAAAUUAAUGAACAUGUUAGAUGUAGAAUACAUGGACAACGUGUAUUCUAAAAAAGGCCUUCAGGUAGCCACCAGUUUGAAAGAAGCAAUUAAAAAUAACGACCUGCCAAUUAUUAUCGAAUGCUUAUAUUUUAUAAUGAGCAUAAACGUGGAAGACAUAAGUGCCCUUAGUAUCUUUACCCUCUCCAAGUAUGUCACCUGGAUUGACAUCAACUAUGUGGUCAACGAUAAAAUUCUCGCCCACAUCUAUCAGUGCAUUAAUGGGCAAAAUAACUCCAUGACGGAAGCUAGCUUCUCCUUCUUAACCGCACUAGUACGUAAAGGAAUGAAUCCAGUAAACAAAAUUCAAUUCAUUGAAAAUAUAAAUCUCAUUUAUGUGUUGCAAAAUAUUCCAAAAAUUCUGGACAUGUCUUACGAAAUGAACAAAAAAAUUAUGUUAAAGAAAGGAGAGCUCGUAAAUUAUAUUUGCCUCGAGUUAGUAGAAUCCAUACACGAAAUAAAUAAACUCAAGGAUUACCCGAUGAACAACACAAAGUACAACGAAAUAUGUGACAAGGGAACGAAUAUGCUAUUCCUGAUCUUACCACAUGCUUUGGACAUAUACGCCAUUGAUGACUUUAACGUGGCGAGCACGGUUGAGAAAUUCUUCAGUCUUCUCUUCACCAAAUUUAAGACUAUAAUGGAAUCUGCGUCACCUGGGGAAGGGAUUAGCGCUCAACAGGGAGCACUUGCAGUGUCGCCAAAUGGGUAUAAAAUCCCACAGGCCAAAAUGAACCUCUUUAUUAAUACCCUGAUAUGCAGCACGGUUAACAAAUUUCAAUUCCCACCAUAUAUUGAAGAAUUCUACGAUGAGGAGGACGAAGAUUUUAUUACCUUCAACACCUUCAGGGAGAACAUAGAAAAACUUUUCCAAAGAUUAAUCCUCUUUAACAAGCUGAAAGCGAUUGAAAUUAUUAAAAAUGCAAUUAUUUACAUGAACGAAAAUUUCGACAAUUUGAAAUGGAAUACCAUAGAGUCCACUCUGUACGCCUUCUACAUCACGACGUCAAUUUAUACUGAAUACAAAGGGAGCACCGUUCAGGCGGGUGCUACUGCAGCCAGGGAUGCCACCUCCACAGCAAUGUCCACCACGUGUCUAAGCAAAGCAGACACAGGAACAACACACUUGAAUGCAAGUGGGAACACGUCCAAAGAGGUACAAGAUAUGCACAAUGGAGAAUACAACAACUUGCUCUUUGGCUGUCUCGAGGAGUUAUUAAAAAAUCGAAAAAUUCUCAGCUGCAAUAAUAGCCUUAUAAAUAUAAACCUUAUGGAAAUUUUCCAAAGACUGAACCCUUUUUUUAUUAAAAAUCCACAGUACGUAGAAUACUCCCUUCAUGUUUUUAUUACAAAUGGGAUUAGGUGCAGUAAAAAUAAGGUGGUAAAAAAGUCGGUGCAUAUUUUUAAAAAAUUCUUGAAAGCAAACUCUAUUGUCAUAUGCAACUACAUGAAAGAUAUUUUGCAAAUGCUGGAGAGCUUCUUAGAAAUCCCAUGUGUGUACCAGCGGCUUGGUAAUAAAAACCUAACAGGAAGUAACAGUGGCAGUAGUGUCACCUUGGCGGACAUGCUAUCCCUUGACCAGGACUCGAUAAAAUCCAUGUACAAAUAUAUUUACGCGGAUGUGAAUUACACCCAUGAGGAUCAGAACGACAUUUAUGAAAUUGCAGGCUUGCUUCUAUUACACUAUGAUUAUAGUAGAGCAAAGAGGACCGCUAAAGGGGAUUCCAACGAUCAGAUGCACCUUAUGGAACACCAAGGAAUGCAAGGCAGAAGAGGCAACCAGUCCAGCGUAAGCUUUAACCGAAUGGGCAGUACGAAUAGUGGAAGUGGAGACCCGAAAGAUUUAAAUAACACGACCCCCUUGCAAACCAUCUGCACAGAUCUGAACACGAGAAAUGAAAAAAUCAAUGAAGAACUAAUCCCAAAUUAUAAAGACAGAAUCUUUUUCUUUAAGGGAAUUCUAAAUAAACUACUAGAAAAUUUAGCCAAUAUAAAAAAUGUAUAUAUAAAUUCUUCCAAAUCACAGCAUGAGAUCCUAUGUCUAAGUUUCACCUGUAGUGUCGUAAUAAGAUGUAUAGGUGCAUUAUGCAAAAAUGUAAAUAUUAACAUGACGGACGAAUUGAUAAACGACCUAGACAACACCUUAGGAAUUAUCAUCAGCGAAGCGUUAGAAUUGUUUUACAAAAAUUACAUCAUUAGGGAUUCUGUCCUCUACACAUACCGAAUUUUAUCCAACCUAUUUAAGGAACUUUCCCUCAACUACACCAUAAAAAUUCUGCCCUACUUCUACAACAUAUCGUAUAACAUGAUCAUGACCAAAUUGCAGAAGGGUAGUGGUUCUGGGGAAAGUACUUCUGGUAGUGCGUUAGCAUCCUCACAAGGAGCGUUAGGGACUCAAAAUCCAUUACUUUCUUUCAACAUGAUGACCCCAUCAUCACAUGCAGCUGUUAGAACUGGUUCACCAAAUGAACCCUCGGCUUGCUUUGCCAACUCCCAGGAAGAAUUGAAAUAUCUGUUUAAUGAACUUGGCGAAUUGAGCGUACUAGUGUGCCACCUAAUAUCGACCUAUAAAGAAAAAUCCUAUGAUACUUUCAUUAAGCCAUACAUACAGAACAUUACGCAGAUUCACUUAAACAUUUGGAAGUGCAUAGUUGUGCAGUCGUUGGAAAUGCAAAGAGAACAAAACUCUGUACUAUCGCCACUUCUCAUAAUAUUGUAUAACAUAUCUUUAAACAUCCCAUCAGCAAUACACAAUUUUGUUUCCACCGAUUUGAUUGCCUUAACACAUAAAGAAUUUUGCCAAGCUUUUUCGAAUGAAGAAAUGGUCAAGGCAAAAUGCCCAGAUGCCAUUACCAGUAUUUUGCUUGUCUCUUUAAAUUAUAGCAAUACGAGCGAUCUGAAUAUCUGCCUCUAUGCAGCUCAGACCUUUUCGAACAUGCUGAACAAUGCUACCUGUUUGCAUAAUGCACACGAGGUGCUGAGCAAAUACCCGCUGGUCCAAAUCAUCGACACGCUCUGCGUAACGCUCAAGUCCCUGGAUUAUUCGGAUCCCAAGAAUAAGAGGAUAAUCCAAGAGGUGAUGAACAUCUUCCGACUCUUCUGUGGGUUUAAAGUGAACGCCAAUUGUCUCCCCAACAAAAUUCUUGAGAGCGCUCAAAUAUGUUUGCAGAAUUCGCUACUUUCAGUCUUCAAGAAUAACCGAAACGAUAUCGGCAUCUUGUUACAAGCCGUGAACGCGAAUAAUCAGCAGCAGUUCAGACAAAUUUUGUCAAAUUUUGUUGCAUAG